AUGGGACGCUGCGGUAAGCUCCCAACCGCAGCAGUACGAGUCACGAUGAGCGAAUUCCAGUACGGGCUCAAGGAUAAGUUCCUCACCAAGGAGGAACUCUACGAAUUUCGUUUCCUCACAACUGUACUGGCCUGGACGAAUGCUCUUGAGAGGAAGGCCACGGUCAGUACGAAUACUACCGAUUCCGGGCAUUCAAACAACAAGCUAUACCCGUUCGCAGAGAAGCUUACCAACUUGUUGGUCCGUGAUGUGGAAGUUGUCGCCGUGACAGCAUCAGACGCAGGAGAGAUCCUGUUCCAAACCGUGUGCGAUGACAGCAGCGUAUUGCUCACAGAAGAUGAUACUGCCUCUGAAGCGGAAGAAGAGAGCGAGCCAGGUCCUGCAGCGGCUGUUGGGUAUGUGCAGAGCCUCUGCAAUGAACUGCGAAGCAAGACGUUGAACGAGCAAGAGCAUCACCCUGCCCUACAAGUCCAUAUUCCAUUGACUACUGCCGAUGAUAUGGGAGACUCAAUCGGCUGUUGGUUGCUUUCCAAGACAGAGAGACAUCUGGAAGGAGUGACGCAUCCCCGGACAACUGUCAGUUUCUCUCAGCAUGCAGCCAAUCUCGUGCACUUGAUCAAGGCGACCUACGAACAAACAUCAAAGGGUACAACUGCAUUGGCCAGAGACCAGUUACGUAACUACGUGCUCUUGACCUCGACCGCCAAGAUAGCUUCGCGCAUCCAGAAAGGCAGCAAAGACCGCAACUUUUACGACUAUCUAAGCAAGCCUGGCGGUGACCUUGAUGACUUUAUGCUGCAGGAAGGUUACCACUUCAGACUGCCCUGCCGUACUCAAGAGGCACUGGAAAACACCCGAAAAAUCAUCAAACCACUCACCCAGUUCAAGGACCUCCUGAACACCGGCGAAUCGACUGUCUACAACCAACAUACUGCUAGUCUUUUGCAGGACGUUCUUAGUGCUGUGCUCGACAACCUAGUUGCCUGCUUCGAGUGGCUCGCAGCUGCAGUGCGAAGAUCACAAUUUUUCAAGAGCAGCAAUUACGACGCACUUCCAGGAAGUCCCGCAAGCGACGAAAUUGCACUCGCAGGUCACUAUUUCGAUCAUCUUUCGAAACAAGCAGGUCUCUGGCUUGAUGUUUUGACACAGUUCAAGAAGACGUUCCGCAAGUACUUGUAUACAAACCUAGGGCUUUUGAGAAAGGUUCACAUGAUAAAGAAUGCAAUGAAGACCGGCGACAUUGCUCAAGAUACCGAAGGCCUCCUUGGAUCCUCGACCCCACUUGAAAAGCAACAAACGAUCGACCCCGAGUUCGAGCAGCUCGACUCUCUUGCCGAGAGACAGCAGUGGGAGCACGCAGCAAUGGCAUGGCUGGAUCUGAUAUCGAUCCUGGAUCUCCGGAGUGAAGGCAGCCAGGCACCCCGCAACAAAGUUCUCAGAACCUACUUGCAGCAAGCGAAGUUCCAACACUUUGAAACUCGUCAAGAGCACCAGGACAGGAGAUUGAUCAUAAAGGGUCAUCUGGAGAACUUCACAUUGCUAUCUGGAGAGAAGCUCACAACGGACGAAUGCCAAAAGAUCAGAACAUGGCUGCUAAGAAAUGGCGAUGGCUACUCCGCGAAGUUUGAAAACGAAGAAGCAGAAGCUACAAACUUCACCGGUACCUACCACUGCGAAACUGUCCUACUGAGUCUUGCCUUACUAGCCAAGAAGCGGGCUGAUAUCCUAGACGUCGAUAUCAAUUCCGCGUCUGCACCACUAAGCAAGGCUCACCUGCAGCUCCCUAGUAAAACAACCACGGAUGCACUAAAAGGUAAGAUGAGCGCCCUACCAGUAUCGCAGAAGUGCUGUCCUGCUUGUCAUGCGCUAGUCGAAUACUUCAUUGAGAAUGCAAACCCAGCUCUGGUAUACCCGGGCAAGCAUGAGGUAUGGUCAGCGGCAGCACUUCCACCGUGGAUUCCAAGGGAAGCGGGUCAGGUAGUUCUGCGAGCUGCCCGGAAGGCACUGCGAUGUCGGUUUGACAGCAUACUGCGAGGCUGA